AUGGGGCAGAAGUGCAUGGACAAGCUGUCCUCCUUCCUCUUCGAGUAUGACACCCCUCGGAUGGUGCUGGUGAGGAACAAGAAGGUGGGACUGACCUUCAGGCUGAUCCAGCUCAUCGUCCUGGCGUACAUCAUCGGGUGGGUGUUCCUCUACGAGAAGGGCUACCAGUCCCAGGACAGCAUCGUCAGCUCGGUCUCCGUGAAGUUGAAAGGGCUGACACUGACCAACGAGAGUGUCCUGGGUCCUCACAUCUGGGAUGUGGUGGAUUAUGUUUUCCCACCCCAGGGGGACAACUCGUUUGUGGUGAUGACCAACUUCAUUGUCACUCCUGGACAGAAACAAGGAACCUGCCCAGAGCUGCCAGAUGCCGGGCUGUGCACACAGGACAGCGACUGCAGCAAAGGGAAAUACAGCCGGCAGGGACAAGGGCUCAUGACUGGCAAGUGUGUGAACUUCAACAGCACUGUGAAGACCUGUGAGAUCUUUGGCUGGUGCCCUGUUGAAGUUGAUUACCAUGUUCCCAGCCCUGCCCUGCUGUCAGAAGCAGAGAAGUUCACCUUGUUCAUCAAGAACAGCAUCACCUUCCCCAAGUUCAAGGUGUCCAGGCGCAACUUGGUUGAGAGCGUUACCAAGCAGUACCUGAAGAAAUGCACCUAUCACAAAGUCACUGAUUCCUUGUGUCCUGUGUUUGAACUGGGGUACAUAGUGAAGGAAUCGGGUCAGAAUUUUACCUUCCUGGCUGUUAAGGGUGGAGUGGUGGGCAUCACCAUAGACUGGAACUGUGACCUCGACUGGCCCCUGCGCUACUGCAAACCCAUUUACCAGUUCCAUGGCCUGUACAAUGAUGACAGCAAUGUUUCACCAGGGUUCAACUUCAGAUAUGCCAAAUACUACAGAGAAGAUGGGAUGGAAAAGAGGACACUCUACAAGGUGUUUGGGAUCCGGCUCGACAUUCUGGUGAAUGGCAAGGCAGGCAAAUUUGACAUCAUCCCGACCAUGACCACAAUUGGCUCUGGAAUUGGUAUUUUUGGAGUGGCCUCUGUCCUCUGUGACCUGCUCCUGCUGCAUUUUCUCCACGGACGAGACUAUUACAAGCAGAAGAAAUUCAAAUAUGCAGAACCGGAGCCUUCGAAGUCACAUAAGAAGGUAAAGGAGCCAGACAACACACAGUGAGAGAAUCCACACUGACUGACAGACCUGCACCCCUCUUCCUCCUCCUCCUCUUCUCCUAAAACAUGGUCGC